CUUGUGAAUAUUCCUAUGUAUUAUAUAAACAUAUAUUUGAAGGUUAGCUAGGUUGAAGAAUCAGUCACCUUUGUUUGCUACUUGUAACUUAGAAAUUCAGAACUCUAAUAUUUAUUUCUAUAUUCAUUUUUUUUUUCGAUAAAAACAAUAGCUUAGAGUGAGAAACUUUACAAGUGUCUUAGAAUUGUGAAUAACAUAAUAAUAAUAUGGAGAAAACAAAGGGCAAUGGAAUUGGCUGUGCAAAAGCAGAACAAAUGGUUUCGGCUUCAUCUCGGCGGAGGCCGCCACCUCCGCCGCCCCUUCCGAUGUUCUUGUGGGCUAAGAAGACUAAUCCAGAGAGUGUGACAAAGCAAGAAAUUGCUAUGUUCUGGAGGCAGAAACGCAUAGAGGAAGAAGAUCAUCUUCUUGCUGCUAUUAAGACUGCUGCUCGUAUUAGAGCCCGUAAUCUCUCUGAAGAAGAUUACAAAUGUUUUGAAGAGUCUUUAAUGGAUGAGGAGAAAGAUGAGAAUAACAGAGUUUCUUCUACUAAUGAAAUUAGAGUUGGGAUAAAGGACUGGUGGACAAAAAGCAAGUAUGCAUAUUUGAACCAACCGGCAAUCAAAACAAGGGACCCUCCAAAAGUAGGAAGAAGCUCCACUACUUAUGUUCCAAAUUGUUUCACUUACAAUCCUACAACUCCUCUCUAUCCAACUUUUCUUGGUGUCUUUUAAUUUACAUUACACCAUUAUUGCAGAAGCUAUUGAUCAAUUUCUAUGUUUAAGUUAAUAUAAUAUAUUUAUCUUUUGAAAGGAAUAAGGUUUCUUUCUUUUGGUAAACAUUAUUGGAAGUAUUUGAAUAUUGUAAAAAAAAAGUACUUGAUUUUGUUUGUUUGUUUGAACUAUUGAUUGUGUAGUUCAGUACUUUUCAGUUUCACUGAGUGUUACUCCAACAACUCUUUUGUA